CCUCCCCCGGCGGCCGGGCGGUGGGCAGUGCCCGCGGGCCGCCGCCGCGGGUGUGGGACGGGGAGCCGCCGCCGCCGCCACCACCACCAUCGCCACCACCAUGGCUCUGCCCCUGCGCCGCCGGCUGCCGGUGCUCCCGCUUCUCCUGCUGGCAGCCGGCGGGCUGCGGGCUGCGGAGCGGAGCAGCAGCAGCGCCAUGGAGGAGCUCGCCACCGAGAAGGAGGCGGAGGAGAGCCACCGGCAGGACAGCGUGAGCCUCCUCACCUUCAUCCUGCUCCUCACCCUCACCAUCCUCACCAUCUGGCUGUUCAAGCACCGCCGCGUCCGCUUCCUCCACGAGACCGGCCUGGCCAUGAUCUACGGACUCAUAGUUGGGGUGAUCUUGAGGUAUGGGACUCCCUCUACCAGCGGCCGUGACAAGCCGAUCAGCUGCUCGCAGGAGGACAGGCUGUUCACAACCCUGCUGGUCAACGUCAGCGGGAAGUUCUUUGAGUAUACGCUCAAAGGGGAAAUAAGCCCUGGGAAGAUCCAUAACGUGGAGCAAAAUGACAUGUUGCGAAAGGUAACAUUUGACCCAGAAGUUUUUUUCAACAUUCUGUUGCCUCCUAUUAUUUUUCAUGCUGGUUAUAGCCUGAAGAAAAGACACUUUUUCAGGAAUUUGGGGUCCAUUUUGGCUUAUGCCUUUUUAGGAACAGCAGUCUCUUGUUUUAUUAUUGGGAAUCUCAUGUAUGGGGUUGUGAAACUAAUGAAGUUGGUGGGUCAGCUCUCUGAUAAAUUCUAUUAUACAGACUGCCUCCUCUUUGGAGCGAUAAUAUCUGCCACUGAUCCAGUUACCGUGCUAGCAAUAUUUAAUGAGCUGCAUGCUGAUGUCGAUCUCUAUGCCCUUCUGUUUGGGGAGAGCGUGUUGAAUGAUGCUGUUGCCAUUGUAUUAUCUUCAUCUAUAGUUGCCUACCAGCCAACAGGUGAAAAUACCCACGCUUUUGAUGCAGCAGCAUUUUUCAAGUCUGUUGGUGUUUUCCUGGGAAUAUUCAGUGGUUCUUUCAUGAUGGGAGCAGUGACGGGGGUUGUGACAGCUCUGGUGACAAAGUUUACCAAGUUGCACUGCUUCCCCCUGCUGGAAACGGCUCUCUUCUUCUUGAUGUCCUGGAGCACUUUCUUGCUCGCAGAAGCUUGUGGAUUUACUGGUGUGGUCGCUGUCCUCUUCUGUGGAAUUACCCAGGCGCAUUAUACAUACAAUAACUUGUCAGUUGAAUCAAGAAGUCGCACUAAGCAGCUCUUUGAGGUAUUGCACUUCCUGGCUGAGAACUUCAUAUUUUCUUAUAUGGGUUUGGCACUGUUUACUUUCCAGAAACACAUAUUCAGCCCAGUUUUCAUCAUUGGAGCUUUUAUUGCAAUCUUUUUGGGCAGAGCUGCACACAUCUACCCUCUCUCAUUCCUCUUGAAUCUGGGCAGAAGGCAUAAGAUCAGCUGGAACUUUCAGCACAUGAUGAUGUUUUCAGGUCUCAGGGGAGCCAUGGCGUUUGCUCUGGCUAUACGAGAUACUGCUACCUACUCACAUCAAAUGAUGUUCUCAACAACUCUCCUCAUCGUCUUUUUCACUGUGUGGAUUGUUGGUGGAGGUACAACUCCCAUGCUGUCAUGGCUGAACAUCAGAGUUCGUGACCAUGUUCCAUCGGUGGAAGAGAUGAGUGAAAGCCGCUGGCUGUAUUUCAGGGUUGGGGUUGACCCAGAUCAGGAUCCUCCACCUACUAAUGACAGCUUUCAAGUCUUACAAGGAGAUGGCCCAGAUUCUGAAAGAAGGAACAGGACACAGCAGGAAAGUGCUUGGCUCUUCAGGCUAUGGUAUAGCUUUGACCAUAAUUAUUUAAAGCCAAUUCUCACUCACAGUGGCCCUCCAUUAACCACAACUCUACCCAGCUGGUGUGGCCUCAUAGCCCGCUGUCUGACAAGUCCCCAGGUUUAUGAUAAUCAAGAACAGCUUAGAGAAGAGGAUUCUGAUUUUAUUCUGAAUGAUGGUGACCUUACCGUGACAUAUGGUGAUACAACAAUAACUGCAAAUGGUUCUUCUGGCCCCCAUACAGCUACCACUAGCCUUGAUGGCAAGAGAACAAAAAGUAGUUCAGAGGAAGCACUAGAACGUGAUUUGGGAGCAGCAGAUCAUGAAGUUACAAGCAGGGGUACCCGGCUAGUAUUUCCUCUGGAAGACAAUGCAUGAUUACUGACUCAGUAAAAAUAACUCUUGCUCAGUGGAUGGAUCAAGGAAGACUGCAGGCCACUGUGUCACUUGAGGUGGGAAUGUUUAUUUAAACAAGUUAACACGCGUAAGUGGUUUUACUAGGGUCUGAAGAUGUCACCUAUUUUUUACUCAAGAUGCUGACAGUGGGGUUUUCUAAAUGUCUGAAAAUAGACAAAUGAGAAAACUGGUCAUUCUCCUCUUCAACCACAUAUUGAAUCCAAGUAUAACUAGCAUGCUGCAAUUGUCUUGUUCAGCUGCAGCAGCUCUCUCUGAAGAGAGGUACAUGAAAACAUUGUCAUAGAACUGAGCUUGUCUUGGCUUAGCUUGGGAAUGUGGAAGAAGAAAUAUAAAUAUGAUAAUAAUUACGAGAUAAAAAAAGAAUGUACUUGUAUCAAUGUGGAGAGAUCCAUUGUUAACUUCUCUCGUGAGGCUGAGGAAACUAAAGUAAAACGGGACAGUAUACAUUAGGACUACAGGUGCAUGAAUGGAAGACUGGGGAAUCUGUUAUUGCAAGCUGUACUUUAUGUAUUUCAGGGAAAAAAGGGAAAAGAAGAUUUCUUCACUGGCCAUGUGUUUAAAUAGGAAAGCAAUGAGAGCUACUUGUCCCUUUAGCUUUGGGCAACUUGACUAUUACUAUUCGCCUAACUUCUAGUGCCUCAAAAGAAAAACAUCCAACUUCCUGUGGUCUAAGACAUACCUGACCCGACACAAGCCCAGAGCCAGGUUCUCUCGGGUAAAAGUCAUGAGGUGAAGCUUUCUCUCCCUUAGGGUUCUUAAAAGCAGAUGAAGAUAGUUGGAAAUGUAUCUUGGGCUGGGGAAAACAGCAGAUAAGAGGAGGAGGGGCGUGGGGGGGGAGAGAGAGAGAGGCAGUAUUGAACUUGCAUGGAACCAUGAGGUUUCAUAUUGCUCAGAAGAAUCCAUGGACUCUGCUUACAGUUCUUGUGUGUGAUAAACAGCAAACAUCUAAUUAAAUGGACACACAAAUACUGCUGGCUUUACCAUUUGUGACUAUACUAAAAGAAAGGUGUUUACUCUUGUUCUCUUUCGCAGAGUAGAUGUGAAACUUCAGUGGGGCAUUGCACAACAACAUAUAAGCUACAGAAGUGAUGAACUGUAGUAUCAUCUUAAAUGUGAAAAGGGAAAAAAUCUUUACCUAGUAUUUAGCCCACUUACACGUAGGCUAGCUUUAACUUAUUGCUAAAUGCUUUUUGAUUUCCAAAUGAGGAGAUAUCGUCUUUGCCAAUAGCUGAAAACUUACGCUUGGAAGAGCAGUUCAGCUAUUUAAAGCAUGCUAAAAUGUGAUUUCAUUCUCAUGUCUCAAAAAGUUUAUUUUUUUAAAGAGUUUUGUGGCCCACUAAUGUGAUGUAAUAUCAGUUUGUCUAAUAAGUGUGUUUUUCUUGCUGCCAUUUCAGUUGUUCCUCUCAUAAAAUUGUGUGUGAGUAAAUACCCGCUCUGUUUUUCCUUAACUAUUAAACCUAAUGGGCUAACGUUGGUACGGGAACUUACUGCUGCAGAGAAACAUUGCAGUCCUAUUGUCUAGUCUGCUUUCUUUCAAAUGUGUUCUCUAAUGAAUGAUCUACCUCCUUAUCUGUCCCUCCAAGGUAAAUUUGUAAAGGGCAUUGAUCUAUAAUGACUGUCUGACAUUAUUAAGAAAAGAGACACGAGAAAAUCAGAAGCCUUUUUGUGGAAAAACUGGAAGACCAAUACAGUCUGAGCUCUGCUCUUAAAUGGUGAAGAGUAACAAACUCUGAUGAAGAUCUCUGAGCAGAACAACUCCUUUUCAGUUCUCAUCUGCUUUCAAGGAAGACAAAGCAGAUAGCAAUGAUCCAUGCUAGUUAUACUGUUUACAUGGCUUGGUUUUUUGGGGUUUGGGGGUUUUUUGGUGUUUUUUUGUUUUUUGGGUUUUUUUUGGUUUUUUUAAGUGCUCUGACAGUAGAAAAAGUAGUUUCCUCCUACAUUACAAAAGCUGCGUUCAUUUUGGACAAGUCUUUGGGACCCAUGCUGUCAAUGCUGAGUGAGGACUUGAGACUUCUACAACAAUUAAGAGUUAUUAGCUGAGUCAUAUGAACCAAAUUUUGGGUUGAGACAGUGAAACUUACCCAAAAUAAAUGGACUUAAUACAGUGAGGCAAAUAUUUACAUGCAGCUUGAAGCUGAAGCUUACCAAAUUACUUUGGCUGAAAAACAGAGCCUUACGCAGACAGAGAUCUGUUCUUUGGAAGAAAGAUCUGGUACAGAUUCCAGAAGCAGAAAUUCUGUUUCGUUAGCUUUCUCGGGAAGACUGAAUUUCUUAAAAGCAUCAGUAAACCAUCCCAGUGCAGAUGCUUCUCUGUCUGUGUUUUUAAUUCCCAUAGCAAAAAUAUACAAUUGAAUUAAGUUCACCAGUAAGCCCAAAAUGUGGUUGUGAAAGAGCAGCCAAAAUAGUUGGAUCACUGGUGAGAGGUGAGGAAUAUAAUACCCUAAUUCACAUUCAAAAAUUACUUAAAAAGCUUAUCCAACAUGGUGAGGAGAGGCCCAUAUACAUAAGCUUAAUUUUAACUCAUAUAUUACAACAAUGCAUUUUAUUCCUUGAUUUUUAUCUAUUUUUCAUUUUAAGUCUUCUUCCAAAAUUGGACUUCACUGUCAACAAAAGGUAAGCUAAAACAUCUAGCCUCUUACUACUGACACUGAUCCUUGUACCAAGUUCCCAAGGGACUCCUUUACUGAAAAGGUGGGAAAACCAAAAAGAACCCUCCUCGUCCUGAAACACUGCAUAUUUCACCAACUAAUAGAUGCUUUUUUUUCUUGUGUAUAUCCUUUUGAAAGAAUAGUUUAAUACUUUCAAUUCCUUUCCAGUAAGAUCCUGAGCUGGCAAGAACUUGACCGAACCAUACCAGGAGAUGGGUAUUUUCUUAUAAACUUGGUGUGAGGUUUUGAAUAGAAAACACAGCUUAAGAUCGUAAUGAACAGCAAUCAGUACAUAUUAAUACCCUCUUCAAAUUGAAAAAGAAAACCAGUAAGAUGAUGGUCUUCACUGAAAAAGGUGUUGCUAUACUAACAUAGGAUGUUGUAGCUCAUGUGGCUGCCCUUGUACUUGGGACUGAGGGAUUUCUCCUUGUACUUUUUCUGCUUGCUGCACUGUCAACUUACUGCUGAAAAUCUUCACCUGAAGUUGCCAGGAAUCUGCUAACUUCAGUCCCUGGAGAUGGGCAAAAUGAAGUCCCUAAUCUUAUUUCAGUGCUUCACAGAAGCAAGGCAAGACUGUUCUGCAGUUGCUUGAAUUCCCAUGCAAACAAAUCUUUCUGAUUUACUUGUGUAAAAGGUCACAGCAAUCCACAAGCAGUACGAACAUCAUAUUUAAACAGACUAAGAAGUUAUCUAAACCCGUUUAAUGGUUGGGGGGGGGGGGGAGAUUAGAAAGAUUUUAAUUUACAGAAUUUGGAAGAACACAAAAAAUAUCUAGAAAACUGGCAUUUUUGUGCUUUGCUUGCUAGUUAAUUCAGCAUCUGUGAGAAAUGAUCAUGUUUUGAGUCACCUGUACAAUGCUGCACAUUUUUUGUGCAAAAGAGCAAAUUCUCUUAACUUCCAUGGGACUAUAGGCGGUUUAUCAGUUAAAGUUGAGUAGCUAUGAGCAGAUCCUGUGACUAAGAGCAGUACCACAGCAGCCUCACUACAAACACAGGCAUAACACUGGAUUUUUUCAGGGUGCUGUUUGUGAGAAGUGUUUGAAGUGCUGCUUCCAUUGGCUUCAGCAGUAGCUCUGAUACUCUGAGCUCAAGUUAUCAGAAAGGAGGAAUGCUAUGACAAGUGUGUUUAUGCUGUACGUUACAUGUCUGCUAUGCAGAAGAAGGGUACAGUGUAAGCUACCUUUUCUGAUAAAGACUGAACAAGGGUGAAGUAUCACAUACUUGGUACUUGACCAAGUCUAGCCCUAUUCCAAGGAUGCAAGUUUUUUGGCCUAUGAAAGGAAACCAAAAAUAUUUUUUAUUUUUUUUACACUGAAGGAAUUGCCUUUGGGGAAAGGACUGCAGAAAUUUUAACUGAAGGGGAAAAAAAUCUAAGCUUUUUUGGCUGAACUUCCAAAGAGCUGAUCUGAAGCAAGUACAUAGCAAAGGUUAAAAUGAUGUCUACUACUAACAUGAUAGCUACUAUGUUUUACUCCUGGGGAGAGGGAAAGACCUCAUGGUAGGAAGUCCAGAUAGCAUGAGCACCUUAUAAUAACUAGAAGGCCAGAUCCUGUGAUUUUUAAUCUUUAUAAUCAGUGAGACAAUUUGUAGAUUGGCAUGGAAAGCGUGGUCCUUCUUGUGUAAGUUCAAUAUAAAUUGAAUUGCUGUCUCUCUUCAGACAGUAUCAGUCAGAGGAGCUUCUGAGUCUAAUUUGUAACAGUAAAACCCUGGAAGCUAAUAUGCUUCACAUGCUUUUCAAAGAAAGGUUCAGUGUUUCUUUUAACUCUGUUUGAAGUAGCUCACAGGAAUAACAUCUUGACCUCAGCCUUGGCAGAGAUGGUCUCUGCCUCUGCACAAGUGUGGGAAUGGAAUUUGAGUAACCAGAAGCCUCAACUUCAUGAGCUUUUCUUUAAGAUGCGGGUGAGGGGAGAAACUUUUUGGGGGAGAAACCAGAGAACUUAGAUACAUCAGCAGGGAGUAUUCCUCUCCAAAAUACUGAACUCGUGACCCACUGAGUCUUAGAAGCAAGGGAAGAUAAACCAUGACCAAGAGGCACAGACCAUCCAGCAGGAAAGCAGGCAGGAAAUACCCCAAACUGGCUAUGUACAAUCUUGGUUGUAAUCAGAGUCACAGAAAGUAGGACAGAGCUGCUGAGUAGCUUGAACACAUUCCUAAGAGAAAAACACAUAGAAUAACAAUUUCAAAUGUCCGUACACUGAAAAAUGCUCUUUGUAAGAAGCAGCCCUUGCAAACCUUAUUUGCAGUGCAGGAGGAGGGUCUCGCUUCCCCAGUUUGGGGAGGAGAGUAAUACUGCGCAGUGAGAAGCCACAGAUACUUCUUGGCCUGGGAUUUUUGGGAGUGCCCUUCUAAAAAAUAACUUCCAGUAGAAACAAGCCUGCAAAGUGAAAGAGAAGGAAAGUGUGGAGGAAAUAGUGAAUUACAAAGCCAGGAAAUGGCUUAAACAGGCAGCUUUACUGUGGGAAUAGCAUGGUAAACAAUUGCUACUCUUAAUCUUGCAGUCCUAAAUGCUCAGAAUUUUUGUAGGCUUCUGCAUACCUUAUCCUAAAACAGGGGCAAUGGGAUAAUGCAAAAGUAAUUAAACUACCCUAUCCUGAUUGAUCACAAAAUCAAAGGCUUUCACAGGGAAGCACUGACUUGCUUCUACUCCAGAGCAAGGAAAGUAACUUUUUUAAAAAAAAUGUUCAAAAUAAUCUUGCAUUGCUACUAUGUUUUUUUGAGUCUAAAAAGCCUUUAGUAAUUUUGAAAGCAGUUCUAGGGUAACAUUAGUCUGGUAAAGAUGGAGGUGCCUUAUAAAAUGUGCAUACAUACAAACAGGUUGUAAAUGCUUGGCCAAUCAUAUUUGUGUUGCAGACUCAAAUGAAAUUUCAUAUCUUCAUUUGAUACUUGCAAUUUAUACAGGCUUUUGCUAUGGAAAUUAAACAGUUGUGACAAAGUGAUUAAAUGCUAGAAUCAGUUCAGAUUUUCAGGUAAUAAAAUAAUCUAUCUGGUUUGGAUGCUGUAUCCACUAUGCCUUUAUCGUAUGCUACCUUCUUGACCGUAAUCUAUUUUGCACCACCCCACGUGGACUUGCAGACCUCCAAAAUGCCAUUGGGUUUGAAGCUUUAUCUAGGGACUGAAACUUAACUGGGAGAGACAGCUCAUAAUAACUUAUACUGGAAUAAAGGACUUCAUUUGUUGCCUGCACUGUCUAUGUCGGGAAACUUGGUGGUGUAGAAAGGUGUCUGCAGGGAGGGAGAGAAGCCGUGGCUUUUUGAAUACCUGGUUAUGCUGAUGCGGAUAAAGCCAGUGUCCCUCCCAGGUUCAUGUACAGUAGUACGGAGCCAGAAGGGUUUUAUACUGGUGCAUGCAAAGAGGCAGCAAUCUUUGUCCUAGGGAAAUUAAAAAUGUUUGGGUUAGUCCUAGCUUUUGUUAAUGUAAUGCUUUUUCAUUUAAUUUUCUGAUGGCCCUAGUUUCUUGCAUUUUUUUAACCUUUUGGAGCUUGAAAGCAUCAUCCCAUAUAAACACAUUAUGUGUGUAUUUUAAAAGGGGCGGGGGGGGUUUAGAAUAGUCAGGCUUCACUUUUGUGCCUGAGCACAAUGUCAAAGCUAUGCUACGUUGCUAGCUUAUGCAAAUUUGGUUAAUUAGAUGGCAAUAAUUUGAAAUACUGUAAUUAAAGGUCACUUUCCAACUUUUAUUUAGAAAAAAACCCAGAUUUGCAUUCCCUCAGAGAAAGUGAAUGCUCAACUUAAAAGGGUUUUGCUGCAAUGUUAAAAUACUUAACUUUAGGCUAUGAGAAAUAGAUUAGAUUUAUUUUUUAACUAGUAAAGUCUCUGAAGUUGUUAUUACAGAGGCAGGGAGAAGUAGGUCAUGCAGUUCCAUGUUAUAACAUAUUUAUGAAUUUUAUUUCCAGAUUUUAGUUUAAUCAAGGAGGUUAUCAUCCACUGUCUGAUUUUGAAUUUCAGUCCUAAAUUGUCUGGCUGAAUGUCUUGGUGUUGACACAGAUUAAUACCAGAAAGCAGAAUACCAGAAGGUAUUCUGCUGGAUCGUAUCAGCCGAUUAGUAAUAGUCAUUGUGAAAUAACAGCUUCCAGCACACAGGGUCACUUGAGGUAAGUUUGUCUGAUUUUAGUUUGGGAUGUUGGAAGUAAAGAAAGGGAUAUGACCCAUAGCUGGUUUCAGUGGAGCAGGGAGAACGUAAGCAUCUAAGGGUGUCCCAAAUUUGCUUCCUUCCUUUAAGGGAGACAGGCUGCUCUGCCUUUCCUUUGCAGUUAUAGGAUGUGUGCUACAGAUUUUCUGUUUAUUAGUUCUGAUCUGAUCAUAAAGCACAAAAUCAGAGGCAGCAUUUAACCUGAUUUCCAUCAGUCUACCAUGCUCACAAAUCUUAGCUUCUUGUCAUUUAACAUACAAACCCAUCACUAAGGUUGCAGGAGGUGUCUUAAGGUUCCUUUGAACAUAAAAACGCACUAGGUAUCCAAAGCAUAUCAUGCUGUCCUGACCAAGACUGCUAUGGUAGAUGGUCUGUCCAAACCUUUUGGUAACUUCUGCUCCCUUGUUAUCAAAGCACCCAAGGCCUGUGUGGUAUGAUAGGUUCAAGCUGGAGGUGGGCCAAGCACUGUAUCAGGGAGGGCUGUAAUGUAUAUUAAAUCCUAUCCUUCCUAGAGAUAAUGUUAUCUCUUGUGUGCAAGAAAUUGGGUGCUACUGCACCAAAUGUCUUUAACAACACUGAAGUAAUUACUGUAAGCAGAGGUUUGUAGAACUGGAAUAUAAUUCUGUAUCCCCUGAUACAUCCUCUUCAUAGUGUUGAUAGCUACAGCAACAACCAUCUUUCCAAAAUUUGCAGUUUAAGCUGUGAGGAUUUAAGGAAGACAGCAGCUCUCUGCAGUGUCAGGGUUUGGCUUUUUUGGUCUUCAGCACUUAGUGCAACAAUGGUGUGCAGGUGCUCUGAGCCCUAGUUUGGGAGCUCAGUGUCCUAAUGAGGUUAAGUGGCAAGGGAUUAUCGUUUAACUAAAACGGUGGGGAAGAGAGGAAAAGCAAAAUAUUGUGAAAGCUGUCUAAGCUGUGGGGAUAGUAGUAGUGGAGGAGGGGGAAUAAACACCUGCUGGGCUUUCUGCCACUGGCUGAUUUGUGUACAUACUUAGCUAAACAUUCAAUUGUGUGGACAAGAUACUGCAGUAAUUUCAGCUUUGUCUGAGUGUGCUGAUUAAGGCUUCAUCCACACACUCCUUUCUCAAGAGAAGAAAUGCAAGUGCUGCUUGGAGCUCCUGCUCUGUCAAGAAGUUUCAGGUUAGGUAUGAAGAUGGUGUUACCAUUCCAGGUCAGCAAAGUACUUCAUCUUUCCAUUUCAUCUUAGUACUCCAUUACUUCACAUAGAUCUUGGAGUCACUGGGAAGUAGCAGGUACAAGGCAUUGUUAGCUUUUGUGGAGUUCAUUGUUUUAUGUCGAGUUAUACCAUUAGCUGCACUAGAACAAAUAAUCAUAUUUGUCAUCUGUAGUCAAGUAAGAAAUAUGUCAUCUCUUCUUAUUUGAUUAAUAGUGGUGCAAAACUUCCUGUGGCUUGAUAUAUACACAAAUAAACUCCGUAUUUCAGCUCAGAAGUGAAAAGGGCUGAUGCUGGCAGGUCUUUCCUCAAGGCAAAGCUAGCAACUCAGCCCUCUUCUCACAGUACAGAAUUGAUUGAGAGUUCCAUGACACCUACCUGGGAGCAUCCAACAGUUGCUCCGAUAUCAUUUUAUUUUAGGAGGGACUGCAAGCUACAACUAAAAGUAAACAUUAUUAUAUGGAGAAAUAAAAUACAGAUUUACAUCAAUAUAGCUGUGAUAGAGAGGAGUUAUAACUUCUAAAUCUGUUCUUAGGGUGAAUGAUCACGCAGACAAAGGAGGUCUGGAUGAUACACUUCAUUUUAUAAGAUGAUAUUUGGAAAGUGCUUUGGCAAGAAGUCUUAGCUCAUGCUUAGUUGCUGUAGUAAGAGGAAUCUAUCAGGAUUAAUAACUGACCAUUUAUUCUUGGUUCUGUUUCUUAUCUUUUCACCAAUUUUCACAAUGGAGAAAAGUUGCUAGCAGUGUCACUCAGAGGUUUGUGCUGCUGGAUCUGGAGAAGGGAGUGAGUAGGAAAGUGAAAAAACGUGUGGGAUAUUCAGUUACUUAGGAUGAUGGAACCCAAUAUUGACUGUGGGGUAGUGCUUAGUGAAAAGUACCUCCAGCUAUACAAGUGCAACAGCCUAUAAAACAGAUGUUUCCUUGUAAGAAAGAGCUUGGAAUCAUUCUGGUUAGUGUUUAGAAGACAGCAGGAACCUAUCUUCUAAAAAGACAAAAAAUGUUGGGAACUGAAGUAAAAAAUCACAAAUCUUCUGUUGCUCUAUAAAUCCCCUACAUGUCCCUGCCAUCAGCAUCCCAUGUAGCUUUGGUAAUCUUUGAAAGGACAUAAAAAAAACCCUGAAGAGGCACAGAGCAGGGCAAAAAGGUAACCAGAAGUACAGUGCAAUUUUCAUAUGAUGAGUAAACACUGGGUUCUUUCAGUUGGGUAGAAGACAUGGCAAAGGAGUUUUGUAAAUAUAAAAAUGGUAUGGCAAGGGAGAACAGGGAAUGGCGAUUCACCUGUUACUAAGAAGAAAAUGAGAGGGUACUGGCUGACAUGAAGCAGCAAAUCAAAACCAAAGGCAAUGUUGUUACCCUAAACAAACAGUGAAACUUGCUGUUCAAAAGUGUAUCAACAGGUUCAAAAGUCAGCGUUUCUGACAAGACCGGUGGCACCGAUAGCCGUUCAGCACAAUCCAAACCUGGCCUCUGCCUUAGGCACUCCCCCAACAGCUGAGGAGGACGUCUUCUGUUGCAUUGCUUCCCCUGAGCAUGUCCUGCUAGCCUGAGUCGGGUACCGCUGCUGUGAAGGUUUUUCCCCUCGUACGCACACAGUGAGCUAGUCUGAGUUUUGCAAUAAAAGAGAUGAAUGCUGGAAACAAACACCUUGUGUUAACCCCUCUGCUGUACCUGCACACCGGGCUGGGGAGUUGGGGGUCCGGUGCAGAAGCUGCUCGUUAGUGCUGUCCAAAGCAGCGAUGCUUUGCCUGUCUUCGGAGAGGACAUGAGGUGGAGCCUAGGCAGACUGCUAAUUCCAGUGUAAGAGACUAGUGGACAGUCUUAUUUAUCUUGCAUUAUCUUAUCACGCAUUUUACACCAAAUCACACUAGUUACAUACAAAUUGAUGAGUUUGUUACCAUAGUGACCGGUUAGCCUUGGGUUUAUUUUUCAGGUCAGUGAAAACAGGAACUCACACCUCAGGUUAAAUAUUUCUCUCGCGCCUUGCACUUUUUCCAUAACACUGAAGAAAUGGGCACUUCUCGGUAGCUUGUGAAAUCACUGGCAAGGCUUCUGCUCACAGCGUGACCUUCUUUGAGCAGGGACGGUCUUCCUCUUCCCAGUGAUGCAAUCUGAGGGCUUUGCUGUACUUUGCAUGCAGUGAGUCACUUUAUUUUUUGAUGGCAGUAUGAUCCACAGUCAGCAAAUCUGAGCAUGAAAUACUACAGUGCCAGUUGAAGGAGUUGAAACCCUUCUUAUGCUAUUCCUGUUGUCUUGUUUCCUUACAAAUAGCUGGAAGCAGUGUCUCCAGUCAUUAAGAGUUGCUGCAUUUUGUCUGUACUUGUCCAUUCUGGUCAACAAUGACGUUUUUAAAGAGACUGGAACUUGUUUUAGGAAGAAGUAGUUCUUGAUCCUCUCCACACAGAAAGUUUGGCUGAAGUGGAUGGGUGCCCUACAUUUGGAACUUUACUAGUUCACUCUCAUACCGUAUAUGCAAAGUGUGAGCUGGCUGACAAGGCGGUGCAGGUACCGCCGUCUGCUUUCAGCGAGAGCAAACUGCCCCCUGCGCCGAAGUUCAUCCUGCGGUCGAGAAGAGAAGCUCUGCAGUGAGCCUGAAAGUGAGAAGCAUAUCAGGUUUUGCAGUAAUAAAUAGGUUUUAGCAUCUGGGGGAAGACAUGAAAGCUUGUAAUCAGGUAAGUUAUGAAGUUCAGAACUUUUAGUUCUUCUUUGUCAUUGUUAUUUAAUGAGAAAGGGACUCUUCUUCAAGAUUACCAAGUGUUAUCUUGGAAAACUGAGAUCUAAGAAAAUUACAGCUAUUUCCUGCCUACAACUACAGAGCCCCUUUGUUCAGGAGGCCCAAGAAUUGAUGUUUUUAAUGCUACUUAUUUUCAACCUUUUUUUUUUUUUGUUCAAUCCAAAGAAACCAUUCUUCUUUUGCUUUUUGCAGUAUGUUUUCCUCAAAUAUGUGUGAGCUUCCUUCUAAAAAUAAGGAGUACUCAGUAAAUUUUCAGUAUGCUAACAUCAGCUGAAUAUUUGAACUGGAUCAAACAAGGGAGGAGUGGAAAUAAUGAUAGGAGAGGGUGAUCAGAAUUAAACUGUACUUGAAGAGCUAAAGACGUUCCGCACACUGUCUUUCUUUCCCCCAGCCAUUCUGUGUAUUCUUAAAUAUAAUCAGUAAAGGAUGUUUAAGUGUUUAUCAAUCUAACAUAGCUUCUGUUCCAAGAUUAACACACCUAUGAUAUGACUGAGUUCAAUAUUCUCAAAGCAACUGAAUUUUGUUAAUCCAUUUACCUCCUCUUCUCCCU